AUGUUCUCGCAGAGGUCGCGUUAUUUCUCCCAGCUGUCGAGAUCUUAUCCGAUUUUGAAGCUCGUUGACAUUUACGAUCGCCAGUCUUUUAUACGAGCAUACGUUUUGGAUAACUUUUACAUUUGUAUUUUGAUGUACAUCCUGUUCUACGCGUCAUUAUGGUACGCUAAUUAUGUAAUCAAACGAAUUGAAAACUCGAAUCGGAAAAUGUCAAUGACAGUUGCAGAGAACAAGACAAAAUUAGACAGAUUAGUGUCGCUGAAAAAUAAAAAGGCGGAAUUCGAAGAAGUGAUCGUGAAAACGACAGAUACGCAAAAAAUUACUACGCAAUAUCUAGAAGAUGAAAUGUAUAGGCUCAGCGCGGAAUUAAUUACGACGUCCAAUAAAAUAGUCGAAUUAGAGAGAAUCGUUGAAAAAUACAAAUAUCCAGACAAAUCGCUUACACAUUCAACCGAUAUCAUCGCAACCGGUGAAGGAGAAUGUAUACAAGGACACGAGGAUACCGCGAAUCCGCUCGAGAAGUUCAAGAUCCUCGAACCGUCAUUUCCGCCGUCUCUACCACCGGAACCUCCGCCUCGGAAGUACGGGAUCUUUGUCAGUCGACCGCCUGGGCAACCUACGAAUAGAAAUUCUUCAAGACACAGCAAUUAUCAUGACGGUGAUCGAAAGAGGUAUUCUAAACGACUCAAGAUGCACUCGCGACGAUCUUCGUAUUAUAACAUGCGUAAGAUCCAUAUAGAUUCCUUAAAGAAUGUCACACCUUUUACCAAAUCAUUAUUAGGACUUGCUACAAUGUUUUACCGAGUUUUACAUUAA